GGACCUGAUAAACAAUUUCCGAAACUUAUUUUUCAAGGGUACAUCAUCAUCUCAAUAAAUAAUAUUAGGAUAAAAUUAAUUUAAAUCAAACCACCAUAAAAGUAGAAGAAAAAAAAAAGUAGCCAUGUUGUUGGGUAACUCCUAUAAGAAGAAGAAGAAUCCCAAACUACAAGUAAAAGAUUACCAUGUCCAAUUUGAUUCCCAACCCAGACGGCACAUACACCCGUCUCAUAACACUUCCAAUCGUACCAGCCCAGCCCGACCCAUCCUCUUCAACCACUCGGGUCCUCUCCAAAGACAUCUCGGUAAAUCCGAAAACCGAAACCAUGGUACGACUAUUCCUACCCCGUGAGGUCCUCGAUUUACCCGCCCCUAGAAUCCCUAUCAUUUUUUACUACCACGGUGGCGCUUUUAUUUUCCUCAGUGCCACGUCAUCCAUCUUCCACGAAUUCUGUUCUACCAUGGCUCUCCAACUCCAAGUCCUCAUCGUCUCCCUAGAGUACCGCCUCGCACCCGAACAUCGUCUCCCCGCGGCUUAUGACGACGCCGUGGAUGCGCUGCACUGGAUUAAAACCACCAAAGAAGAGUGGAUCGCAAAAUUUGCUGAUCUUUCCAAUUGUUUCUUAAUGGGUACGAGUUCCGGUGGGAACCUGGCUUACCAUGCUGGGCUUCGCGCUUGUGAAGUGAGUCAUCAUCUUGACCCUCUGAAAAUCAAAGGGCUGAUAUUGCACCAUCCAUUCUUUGGUGGGUCUGAGAGGACCGGGUCGGAGCUGGUCAUGGAGGAUGACCCGAUUUUGCCACCUCGCGUCUGUGAUGCAGCGUGGAAAUGGGUGUUGCCUGUGGGCGCAGACCGUGACCAUGAGUAUUGCAAUCCGGCGGUAAGUAAAGAAUUCGAGCGUUGCGUUGCGAUUCGGGUAAUGGGUUGUCGGGUCUUGGUUGCGGGUUGUUUCGGGGACCCAUUGAUUGACCGUCAGAUGGAGUUGGGGAAGAUGUUAGAGGGGAAAGGUGUACGGACAAUGACCCAUUUUGGCAAUGGUUUUCAUGGUUUGGAGGUAUCUGACCCGUCCAAAGCCCCAGCCUUGUUCACCGUCUUGAAAAACUUCAUAUAUGAAUUAUAAUUAUUAAUUGCUUAUCAUUAAUGAUUAGAAAAUUUAUAAUUAAUUGUUGAGUGGUGAGAGCUGAAUCAGUGAAUAACGCUGCGUUCCAAUCCAAUUUUAUAUCACAAUUAUAAAAUGAUUAUGAUUAUCACAUGUGAUGUGAGGUGGAAUUUCACAAAAGGAUACCUUUCAGAGCUUCAUAUAAAUACCAAAUACUGAACGAAACAAGAAUUUGUUACAA